AUGAGUUACUUCCACACUGAGUAUAGCAAGUUCCUGGCGAACCCUAGGUCCGCCCAGGUCGCCGCGAAUAUCUCGUUGAUCUACGUCACUUCAACCACCAAAUUCGAGGGCAGUGAUUCGGUACUGACCCAUCUGUCGCGCCAAUCCUCCAUUGUCAAGAAAAAGGCAGAGAAUAUCAUCAAUGCGAUUGAAUCUUCUGAUUCGUUGGUGUUGGACAUCGAGACAACACUGGAAUUCCUCCAGAAUGGCGGGGCUUAUCUCCCCUCUUUGAGUGAGGACCACUUGGCCGACCGCGUCGUGACCAUUCCCACGCUCCACAUCGUCCGCUGGAACGCCCAACAUGAAAUUCAACAGGUCCGCAUCUAUUGGGACCAGGGUUCGCUCUUGAAAGAGGUGGAAAUGAUUGGCGCGCGCAGUCGAAACUGGCCCAUCCGCACCGGCCUUGAGCAUAUCCGUUUGCUGCGAUCGGCUGCGAAUGCGCAAUCCGCGCCGCCUUUGGCUCCAUCCCAGGAGGAAUUUAAGGAACCCCCCGCGCGACCUGGCUCCCCCGGCAAGCGACACAUCAGGGACCCCUACGGCGCCGGCUCCCUUGCCAACCUCCUCUCGCCCGGUAAGGAUACGAACGAGAAUGAACGCCCUCCACGACCAUCUUCCCCCGGCAAGCGACACCACAGAGAUCCUUAUGGAGCUGGCUCCUUGUCCGAGCUUCUAUCGCCUAGCAAGGCCCCCGCUGCUACCGUCCUCCCUUAUGCGCCGUCAUCUGCGAAACCCCCUGCGCGCAACCUGUCCGACAUCUUUAUUGACGAGGAUGCUCCCCCCACACCCUCCAAGGCUGAAAGAGUGAUUGCGCCCAAGGCUGGUGCUCGCAAACCCCGAGACGAAGAUAACCUGGACCAGGACCGUGCCCCAUACAAGAGCAACCCUAAGAGGUUUAACCAUUUCGAGAUUGGUGCUGACAACGCUGACCUGGAGGUUUCCGAGAGAGCGCCCAAGGGCAGUGUUGGCAACAUUCAGGAGACCCGGGAUGAAAUCAAUUUGGAUCAAACCCGUGCCCCCUACAAGAGCAAUCCUAAGAGAUUCAACCACUUCGAGAUUGGUGCGGACGACACCGAUCCGGAGAAGACCGACGAGUCCAAGCGUGGAAAGCCGCGUAACCAAUCCCAGUGGGAUUUCGGAGACGUUGCCACUCCUAAGAAGGCUGCUCCUGUCCAUGUCGGGCUCAGCGAGCAGGACCGUAACUUCGGUUGCAGUGACGAGGCAGGUGCACCAACACCCCCGGUCCGCCAACACGUGAACAAGCCUCGUCGCGACGCGGAUGUGCACUUCCAGAUGAACGAGGACACCGAAGAAGAUGAUGGCCGCAUUAUCAGCUCUUACCAGAGUCGCGGCCAGGGUCUGUACGAAAACCGCCUAUUCGACGAAGGCGAACAGGAAUCUAAGGGCUCGGCGCCCUUGUCGCAAUUGAGCAAUAACUCCAACCGACAGAAGAGCUCUGAUGUUCAUUGGGCGAUGGGUGAUAUUUCCCCUGCUGUCUCCAAGAAAGACGACAAGAACGUCCCUGUACCCGAGGACCGUCUCAAGUCGGUGAAAAUGAUGGAGUCUUCAUGGGACAACUAUGAUCAAUCUCCUGAGCCGAUUCGCACCGCGACGUCACUGCGCAAUCCCAACCGUCACAACCAGCCGUCCUGGACCUUUGGUGCUGACGAGUAA